GUGGGUUUGACAUGAAUCAGAGAUGAGAUCGGAUAAUGACUUUAAGGCAAAAGUCACCUCAAACAAUGCAUUGGAGAAAUAGCCCCUGGAAGUAUAGAGUGCUAAAGUCGCUUAAGGCCUUUUCUCACCGACUGAUACGAUUGUGACGCACAUAAACCAUUCACACCAAGUCUGAUGUGUUUUUAUUAACUUUUUGUCUCUGUCCCUCCCUGGCAGGCUGUAAGCACGUGAAGGGCAUCCUGUUGUUCGGGCCUCCUGGCUGUGGUAAGACUCUGAUGGCCAGGCAGAUUGGGAAGAUGCUGAACGCCCGCGAGCCCAAGGUGGUCAACGGCCCUGAGAUCCUCAACAAGUACGUGGGAGAAUCCGAGGCCAACAUCAGGAAGCUGUUCGCCGACGCAGAGGACGAGCAGAAGAGGGUGAGAGGAAAAAAUCAUACACACACACCAGUAAAUCAACUGUGUAUGUCAUUAAAUACACCCAGUACCUUCAAUGCAAUUACUCCUGUGGUUAUCAAGCACAACAUACCUGAUAACGAGUCAAUCAAAUAGAUGUCAUACUAAAUGGAUUCCUUAUCCUCAGGCCAAUAUGCAGCCUACUCCACGAAACACAGAUAAACAUCACACAUUUCCACACGGAGAAGCUCAUUUAUCCUGCAGAAGAUUGAUUUGCCCUUUAAGGAGGCAUAUUAGUAAUAAUAACGGUGGAAAAGUCAUUGGGUUUCUCCAUACUGGGGGACAGUUGUGUAUUGAGCCCCCAUGGUGACGCCGGUGUGACAGUGACGGCCUCACUCCUCACCACCUAAUGAGGUGCUGGGUUAUCUCUGCCCCCCUCUCUGUCCCCCUCUCUCACCUAGCCCACAAUAAGCCCAGCUCCACACCUGCUUUAAAUGCUAUGUCUGGAGACUGACAGGGCCAGAGAUGGACAGAUAACCCCCCACCCUGCUCUCUCUAUCUCUUGCUUUCGGUCUCUUACCUCGCGCUCUCUCUUUCUCUCGCACGCACUCUCUCACUUUCUCUCUCGCAUUCUCUCGCUUUAUCUCUCUCUACCGCUUUAUCUCUCUCUCUCUCGCUUUCUCUCGCUUUCUCUCACUUUCUCUCUCGUUCGCUCGCUUUCUUGCGCUUUCUCUCUCUCACUUUCUCGCUCGCUCGCUUUCUCGCUUUCUCUCUCUGUCUCUCUCUCUCUCUCUUUCUCUGUUUGGGCAGACUCUGUCCCUCCAUGCCAGAGCAGAGGGAGGAUGUGGAGGCUUUGAAAGGGUUUUAGUUUUCACUCUGGUCACACCAAGGAGAAUUUAGCCCAGAGAAGACACGGCUGCGAGUGGUAGACAUUCUACAUACUCUCCCUAGUUAGCACUGCAUUGACCUCCUUUGGCCGCCAUUCCUUCCAGUUCUCUGCUGCCAAUGACUGGAACGAACUGCAAAAAUCUCUGAAGCUGGAGACUCUUAUCUCCCUCACUAACUUUAAGCAUCAGUUGUCAGAGCACCUUACCGAUCACUGCACCUGUACACAGCCCAUCUGAAAUUAGCCCACCCAACUAUCUCAUCCCCAUAUGUUAUUUAUUUUGCUCAUUUGCACCCCAGUAUCUCUAUUUGCACAUCAUCUCUUGAACAUCUAUCGUUCCAGUGUUAAUACUAAUUGUAAUUAUUUUGCACUAUGGCCUAUUUAUUGCCUUACCUCCCUAACUUGCUACAUUUGCACACACUGUAUAUAUAUUUUCUGUUGUAUUUUUGACUUUAUGUUUUGUUUUACCCCAUAUGUAACUCUGUGUUGUUGUUUUUAUCGCACUGCUUUACUUUAUCUUGGCCAGGUCGCAGUUGUAAAUGAGAACUUGUUCUCAACUGGCUUACCUGGUUAAAUAAAGGUGAAAAAUAAAAAUAAAUAAAAAAUAUACUGUGUGAGACCAUUGGUAUCCUUCCUUCUCCUUCAUUCACCCAUAUCUCUCUGCUUCCCAUAGCUGGGCGCCAACAGUGGGCUGCACAUCAUCAUCUUUGAUGAGAUCGACGCCAUCUGUAAGCAGCGUGGCAGCAUGGCGGGCAGCACGGGCGUCCACGACACAGUGGUCAACCAGCUGCUGUCCAAGAUAGACGGAGUAGAGCAGCUCAACAAUAUCCUGGUCAUAGGUAAACACACACAUAUACAUGAGCAUACACACACACAUACGUGCGCAUACACAUACGCGUGCACAGAAACACAUACACACAUACAGGCCAUACAGGCCGAAUACUUAUACUUGCGUUCUAAAUACAUAGCAAAUUUGAGAUCAGAAUUGUAACACCCACAGUGUUAAAUUCAACAGUUUCUUAGUGUGUGUAUACAGUGGGGAAUUUUUUUAUUUAGUCAGCCACCAAUUGUGCAAGUUCUCCCACUUAAAAAGAUGAGAGGCCUGUAAUUUUCAUCAUAGGUACACGUCAACUAUGACCAACAAAAGGAUACUUUUUUUCCUAGAAAAUCACAUUGUAGGAUUUUUUAUGAAUUUAUUUGCAAAUUAUGGUGGAAAAUAAGUAUUUGGUCAAUAACAAAAGUUUCUCAAUACUUUGUUAUAUACCCUUUGUUGGCAAUGACACAGGUCAAACGUUUUCUGUAAGUCUUCACAAGGUUUUCACACACUGUUGCUGGUAUUUUGGCCCAUUCCUCCAUGCAGAUCUCCUCUAGAGCAGUGAUGUUUUGGGGCUGUCGCUGGGCAACACGGACUUUCAACUCCCGCCAAAGAUUUUCUAUGGGGUUGAGAUCUGGAGACUGGCUAGGCCACUCCAGGACCUUGAAAUGCUUCUUACGAAUCCACUCCUUCGUUGCCCGGGCGGUGUGUUUGGGAUCAUUGUCAUGCUGAAAGACCCAGCCACGUUUCAUCUUCAAUGCCCUUGCUGAUGGAAGGAGGUUUUCACUCAAAAUCUCACGAUACAUGGCCCCAUUCAUUCUUUCCUUUACACGGAUCAGUUGUCCUGGUCCCUUUGCAGAAAAACAGCCCCAAAGCAUGAUGUUUCCACCCCCAUGCUUCACAGUAGGUAUGGUGUUCUUUGGAUGCAACUCAGCAUUCUUUGUCCUCCAAACACGACAAGUUGAGUUUUACCAAAAAGUUAUAUUUUGGUUUCAUCUGACCAUAUGACAUUCUCCCAAUCCUCUUCUGGAUCAUCCAAAUGCACUCUAGCAAACUUCAGACGGGCCUGGACAUGUACUGGCUUAAGCAGGGGGACACGUCUGGCACUGCAGGAUUUGAGUCCCUGGUGGCGUAGUGUGUUACUGAUGGUAGGCUUUGUUACUUUGGUCCCAGCUCUCUGCAGGUCAUUCACUAGGUCCCCCCGUGUGGUUCUGGGAUUUUUGCUCACCGUUCUUGUGAUCAUUUUGACCCCACGGGGUGAGAUCCUGCGUGGAGCCCCAGAUCGAGGGAGAUUAUCAGUGGUCUUGUAUGUCUUCCAUUUCCUAAUAAUUGCUCCCACAGUUGAUUUCUUCAAACCAAGCUGCUUACCUAUUGCAGAUUCAGUCUUCCCAGCCUGGUGCGGGUCUACAAUUUUGUUUCUGGUGUCCUUUGACAGCUCUUUGGUCAUGGCCAUAGUGGAGUUUGGAGUGUGACUGUUUGAGGUUGUGGACAGGUGUCUUUUAUACUGAUAACAAGUUCAAACAGGUGCCAUUAAUACAGGUAACGAGUGGAGGACAGAGGAGCCUCUUAAAGAAGAAGUUACAGGUCUGUGAGAGCCAGAAAUCUUGCUUGUUUGUAGGUGACCAAAUACUUAUUUUCCACCAUAAUUUGCAAAUAAAUUCAUAAAAAAUCCUACAAUGUGAUUUUCUGGAUUUUUUUUCCUCAAUUUGUCUGUCAUAGUUGACGUGUACCUAUGAUGAAAAUUACAGGCCUCUCUCAUCUUUUUAACUGGGAGAACUUGCACAAUUGGUGGCUGACUAAAUACUUUUUUUCCCCACUGUAUGUGACCUACUGAAAUUGUGUUAAAGUAACACUUUUCAAAGUGCUGGGGUCCCUAACUGUGGGUGUUGCAAAUUCCGACUUAAAGAUGCACUAUGCAGAAAUCGCUCCACCAUUUCCUGGUUGCAAAAAUUCUAAUAGUUCGUCUAAUUUCAGUUUAUCUACCGAAACAAGUAAGUAUAGUGUAGAGAAUCCUUGUACUAUCUAAAUCUCUGUGAAAUAUAUUAUCCAUAACCCAAAAAUAUUGUAUUUUCAGCUGUUUGAAGCUGGUGUACAAACCCGAAAGUAAAAGACGCAAAAACAAAACUUUAAAAUGGGAAACAUAGAAAUAGCGCACAUAGAACAGAUCUACCACUUCUAGACUUUUUUUCAAUGAGAAUGACAGAGCCAGAACACACAUUUUUAUGUGAAUUUUGUCGGGUCGCCCAAAAAGUUACAUACUGCAGCUUUAAAUUAACACUUAGUAGUGGUAAAGUAAUUUUGGGGGGUGUUUUAACAUUGUAGGGUGUAGAGCCUUAUUUACAAAUUUCCCAGCAUGCCUUUCAAGUGAAUGUUAGACAUACCGACCCAUGACUGUGUUUGUUAGUGACAGAGACAUGUUUUUUGCAGUCAAUAACUUCUAGUCCUGAAACCUUUACCAAGUGACUGCCUAAGUGAAUGUGUUUGAAUAAAAAGUAAACCAUUUAUGACCAUAUAUUAGACAUUUCAUAAGGCCUUUAGUUAUGGCCUAGUUUUCCCCUAACAUUGUGGUCUGAUGAUCCUGGCUCAUGGGCCAUAUCAGAUCUGCAAGUCACAAUAUGCUGGCUAGUGAAGUCAUUUGUAAUUCCUAUUGGAAUCCAGCCAGAGAGAGGAUAUUCAACAAUUGGAACUUUGUAAUACCCACAACCUGCAUUCAGAACGACUUCUAUGGUGAAGAGCUUGUCAAACAAGACUACCUAAACCAUCUAAACUGGAACAACCAUCUCCGAAUGGUUGCAAAAAGUCCAACCACUUACAGAUUCGAUUAGUUUAGAAAAAUGUAAGUUAUUUAUCUUUGUUUAGUAUAAUUAAGCAAUAAUGCCCGAGAGGGUGUGGUAUAUGGCCAAUAUACCAUGGCUAAGGGCUGUUCUUAAUCACGACGCAACGCGGAGUGCCUGGAUACAGCCCUUAGCCGUGGUAUGUUGGCCAUAUACCACAAACCCCUGAGGUGCCUUAUUGCUAUUAUAAACUGGUUACCAAUGUAAUUAGAACCGUAAAAAUAAAUGUUUUGUAAUACCCAUGGUAUAUGGUCUGACAUACCACGACUGUCAGCCAAUCAGCGUUCAGGGCUCGAACCAACCAGUUUAUAAGAUCAGUUAAUCAAUAGGGGGCAGAAUAGGGGACACUCUACAAAAAUGAAUACGGUAAAUGCCGCGCAACAAGCGGGAUUGCACAUUAGAUUACGCCUUUUCAGUAUGGUUGAGUAGCUUACUGCAAAGGUUUUUACUAAACAGUACUUUCUAAAUAGUAGGUAGUACAGCCACUGUCUGCUUGACUGACCGGUCGAGUUGUGCUCUGAGAAGAUGAGCGGGAUUAUCUGAGCUAUGCCUUUCUUGCCCUCCCUCUCUUCUCUCUCCAUCUCAUCCUCCCUCGUCCAUCCAUCCUCCCUCCUUCGCGGCCCAUCAGCAGCCGCCCUUCCAGUAGCACGCCCGCUCGCCCAUAAGCCACCCUCGCCGCCUGCCAGCGCAUCCCCGCUCCGCCGUCCUCCACUGCAGAGCCUGCCGCGCGGCCGACCCCAUCGCGACCGCCACGCAGCGCCCCUCCGCUCUAUCUCCUCUCCCGCUCUCUCCUCCCAUCGUCUCCCAUCUCAUCCUCUCUCAUCCAUCCAUCCUCUCCUCUCUCCUCUCCAUCUCAUUCCUCUCUCUCCCUUCUAUCUCAUCUCCAUCUCAUCCUCCCUUCUCUCCUUCUCUCUCCAUCUCACCUCCUCUCAUCUCACUCUCCAUCUCUCCCUCUCUCCAUCUCAUCCUCCCUCUCCUUCUCCCUCCAUCUCAUCCUCCCUCUCCUUCUCCCUCAUCUGUGCCUCUUAGGAAUGACCAACAGGCCGGACCUGAUAGACGAGGCCUUGUUGAGACCAGGCAGGUUGGAAGUCAAAAUGGAGAUCGGUAAGAAAGCACAACGUAGUACACCACAAAGCAUCCAGCCUAACCAAAGACCUGGCUUGAUUUUUGUUCGGUUACUGUAUUCAGGUUUUAGUUUGUUUUCAGGUAGUUUAUUUUCUUCUGAGAAAGACAUUCUUAUUCAUAGAUGUUGUACCGUUUACAUGACAACCAACACCCAGACAUUUCAACUUGUCCAUCCCUUGUACAGUAUGCAGUUACACUGUAAAAAACACACAACGUUUCCCCUCUCUCUUCCUCCCCCAGGUUUGCCUGAUGAGAAGGGGCGUGUCCAGAUCCUCAACAUCCACACGGCUAAGAUGCGUCAGUUCAACCUGCUGGGAAGUGACGUGGACGUCAGCGAGCUGGCCGCUGAGACCAAGAACUACAGCGGAGCCGAGCUGGAGGGGCUGGUCAGAGCUGCCCAGUCCACCGCCAUGAACCGACAUAUCAAGGUCACUAUCACACACAGUCGGCCAUUUUCAUUAGCCUAGAUCAGAGCUGCCCAACCCUCUUGGUUGGAGAUCUAACGUCCUGUAGGUUUUCAGUCCAACCCUAAUUUAGCACACCUGAUUCUACUUAUUAGCUGCUCACCAAGACCUUAAGUAGUCAUUUCAGGUAUGUUAGGUUAGGGUUAAACUGAAAACCUACAGGAUGGUAGAGCUCCAGAAAGAGGGUUGGGCAGCCCUGGCCUAGAUAUUUUUCUCUCCUACUCAACAUUAACUCUACAACUAACAAUCUUUAUGCGUUAAGAGGCUGUAGGUCUCGUAGGUAUUUCACAAUCAGUCAUGAGACAAAGUGCUCCCUCAGAAUGGAAAGGUCAGACAACUCUGGUCUGGGUGGACGAGGGGGAGGGAGGGAGAAAACGGGUGAUGAGGACAGAGGGAGGGAGCCCUCCAGCCAUUGCACCUGUGUAAGCCCUUGUCUGUCCAUGUCAUCACCCUCUAAUAUGGUCCAGGAGUGUGGUGGGGGGCAGACCACUUAACAGACUAGCACCUCGCUUAAUCUGGCUGUGGGUGUGUGUGUGUGGGCUAAAUCAGUAAGACCUAAAAGUCCAAACCAACAACACUAUUACCUUGUCAUCGUUACAGGACUAAAUUAAGGUAGAUACGAUACUGAUCAAUGAUUAUCUCUAACAUUUUGUCUAUACUCCUCGAUAUCACUGAGCUAUUAAUAAUCUAGGGUAAGGGUUUAGCGUUAAAGUUAGUCGAACAGUUUGUUUAUAGUUAGUUGAACAUUAUUAUUAACCAUCUGUAUUGAACCAUCCUAAUAACAUGUCCCCCUGCAGGCCAGUGCCACCGUGGAGGUGGACCUGGAGAAGGCUGAGAAUCUGCAGGUCCACAGAGACGACUUCCUGGCCUCACUGGACAACGACAUCAAACCUGUGAGUAGACUCCUUCCUUCCUCCAUCGCUUUACUGUUCUCCAGCCCUCGCUCUUUCCAAUUCUCCAGCCCUCUCUCUUUACCGUUCUCCAGCCCUCUCUCUUUACCAUUUUCCAGCCCUCUCACUCUACCAUUCUCCAGCCCUCUCUCUUUACAAUUGCCUACAUCCAAAAGUCCUCCUCCAACAUUUGGACUUCCAACAAUUUCAUAAUCACUUCCAGUUGAUGGCAAUGUCCAGUAUACGCAGGGAAUUAGAUUUUUUAAAAUCAUUUUCAGAAUUUUUAAGAAGUGAUUUUAAUAAGGGACUCUUUAAGGCUGUGGAAGGUUAAGUGCAAGGGUCCCCUAUUACAUUCAGCUAUGGGACGAUUUUUCUUUGAGCAGAUGGUCGGUUGGCCAGAACAUAGUAAUAAAUAAUUUGUACACUGCAAAUUGACCGCAAUAAUCCCAAACAGAUAUAGUAUUUGACAAAAACAGAAUCAUUUCAAACCUUGAUUACAUUGGGAUGCAAUCACAUAUGCCUCUUUAUUUAUGCGUGGGAAUACUUGGGAACUUUUUCCUUCAUUAUCACUUUGAGCUCAUUUCCUGGUGAUUUUACAGUCUUCUAUGUUCAAGAACAAACAUUUUUUAAUCAGAAAACUUGGGGGGGGGGAUAAAUAAAAUCACACGUGGGCUGAAUUUGGCCAGCAGGCUUCCUAUUUGGGAACCCUGGUUUAGUGGAUCUCUCUCUCUCUCUCUCGCUCUCUCUCUCUCUCUCUGUGUGCCAGGCAUUUGGUACCAACUCGGAGGACUAUGCCAGCUACAUCAUGAACGGCAUCAUUAAGUGGGGCGACCCGGUGACGGCUGUGCUGGAUGACGGGGAGCUGCUGGUGCAGCAGACCAAGAACAGCGACCGCACACCACUGGUGUCUGUGCUACUGGAGGGUAAGAGAGACACACACACACACUUACAAUUUUUACAUUUGAAUCAGUUAGCAGACACUUUUAUCCAGAUCGACUUAGUUAGUGCAUUCAUCUUAAGGUAGCUGGGGACGACAAACACAUCUCACAGUCAUAGUAUGUAAAGCUUCCCUCAACAAAGCAGCUCUCAGCAAAGUCAGUUCUUGUAGGAAAAGGCAAGUGUUAAUGAAAGAAAGGUAAGUCACAGACACAAAGACAAGCAAUGGCACCAACAACUGUUACAAUGUUCUAUAGUAUUUAAUUAAAGUUUUAAUGCUAAAAGGGACACUAGCAUGAAGAUGGUAAAAUAAAGAUAUAUAAAAGAAAUCAAUUUCCCAUAGUUAUUUGACGUUUGGCAUUAUAAGAGCCGAAAAAUAUAUUUAAGCAAACUGAUAAUAAAGUAUAAUAUUUAUAAAAAUAUUUAUUCAAAUAAUCAUGUCAUUAAGAUGUCCUUUGGUUCAAAAUACAGUAUGGCGGUAUAUAUAGUAUGCUAUGCGCUCUCCUAGGUCCCCCCAACAGUGGAAAGACGGCUCUAGCAGCUAAGAUCUCAGAGGAAUCCCAGUUUCCCUUUAUAAAGAUCUGUUCUCCUGACAAGAUGAUCGGUCACUCCGAAAUCGCUAAGUGCCAGGCCAUCAAGAAGGUGAGGAAAGGGACACACACACACACAAACCUGUGUCAGUACCUGUGUCUUGACCACCCUCUUUGUUCCAGAUAUUUGAAGAUGCCUACAAGUCCCAGCUGAGCUGUGUAGUGGUGGAUGACAUUGAACGCUUGCUGGGUAAGGUCCUGCUGGCAUUGUGGUUACACUAUUCUUCUUUUCAUUUUUAAAAGUUUCCUUUUAAAAAGUUUCCUUUUAAGUUCAGGGUUGUAACAUACAUUAAACACUGGGCAGUUUGCUUCCGACCUUCUCAAAGAACCAUGUGUUGGAAAACCAUGCUCUUCUGUUUUCCACCCAAGCAUCACUUUGAUGGUAGAAGUCCACAGAUGAGGUCGGAAUAUUUAUUCUAAAUUCUCCUUCUCUCUUUGUGAACCUUGUUCUUGUUCUCAGAUUAUGUUCCGAUUGGCCCUCGUUUCUCAAACAUGGUCCUUCAAGCUCUACUGGUUCUCCUCAAGAAACCCCCUCCCAAAGUCAGUAUUCUGUGGACUGCGGCACUUACUUGAAUAUGUGUUUGCGUGUGUGUGUGUGAGAGAGAGUGUGUGUGUUUACUCUAAGCAUUGAAAUGUUUCUGUGCUUAUGCUCUAGUUGUCAUUUUGCCAGUGGCAGACAGAUGUCAGCAGAUCGUACUGAUGCCCCCAGUAAUGAAAGUCAUUUCCAUGCAGAGUGAAUCAUAGUGUAUCCUAGUUGUGGGACAGUGUACAGCUUUACCACUGGGUUUCUGUGCGUGUGAGCUAUAUCUCCUGAAUGUAAGCCGCUACUGCAUUUAAGGCAGUAGGCCUAGGCUACGUUCAGCUGUAAAUGUUUGUCAAUGAGUAUGAUAAUGUAUUGGUCCAGGCAGGCUGUUGUGCUGGGUGUGAAUGGGAGCCGGGGCUGUUUCUCCAGGCUUGUGAAGCUCCAGGCCCAGCGGGGAGCCCGGCCGGGGUGAGGCCAGGAGAGGCCUGCCUCGAGGGGGGGGGGGGACAACUGAGGAGAAUGGGCUCUGUGAGAGAGACCGGGGGGGACCUGGCAGCACCGCCGCCUGUGUGGUACCUCAUCUGCAUGCAUGGGCACACCCCCUCCGCACCAUGGGGGGCAGCCAGCCCAUAAUCCCCCUCUCUCCUCUCCUCUGGCCCCGAACGAGCGACUAGGGCCUCUGGAGAAAGAAACCAGCCUCUUUCCUGAUUGAGUCACCUAGACUAAAGCAGCUAUGUAGAGGUGGUCCACCGUGGAGAGACUGACAGAGACUUAACAGAAACAAGCUUAAUAAAAAUGCAUAAGGUUGAUAAAAAUCCACAAGGCUCAUAUUAGGCAGUAGGGACCCCACCUUUUCAGACAAAUGUCCCUAUACCCAUUGAUGUUGAUGAUGUGAAGCACGCCGUUUUAAAAAGGGUUUGAUACACUUCCGUACAUGAUAUGGUACAGGAUGCUCUGGCUGGCACUGAGCUUAAUUUUCAUCUCCAUCACGUGUUUUCCCCCCACACAGGGCCGUAAGCUGCUGAUCAUUGGCACCACCAGCAGGAAGGACGUGCUGCAGGAAAUGGAGAUGCUGGAUGCCUUCAGUACCACCAUCCACAUCCCAAACAUCUCCAGAGGAGAGCAGCUGGUUGAAGCUCUGGAGGUAGGCACAUACACAGUCGCUCACACACACACUCGUUCACACACCGCACACGCACACAUACACGGAAAUGUAUGUUCCUUGCUCUCCGGUUUUAAAGUUGUGACAAAUAGUGAUGGAUUUGUUGCUUGAGUUUUUAAAUUGCUUUUCUGUCUGCUGUAGAUGCUGGGUAGUUUCCAGGAGAAGGAGCGGGCAGCCAUUGCCAAGGCGGUGAAGAGCCAGGACGUGUCGAUCGGCAUCAAGAAGCUGACGAUGGUCAUCGAGAUGGCUGUGCAGGUGAGAGAGACAAAGCCCCGGUUUAGUUGACACAUUUUUAUUCCAGCCCAGCACUAACCAUCAAAUAAUCACCUAAUUAUGGCCUUCUUCAAUCUGGACCACGAUUAGCGUGUUCAGGUGUGUUACUGCUAGGCAGGAACAAAAGCCUACACCCACCCUUUAGCUCUUCCAGAGCGGGAGUUGGAGAAACACGGCCUAGACAACCACAGUCUAGGGAGUCACAGAUGGAAUCCCGUCUGGUUUCAGUUUAAACAACCUGCCGUUAAUUACGACCUUUCAUUAAAACAAGUUUGGAUUGAACAAUGAUUUGUGUGGUAAGCCCCAAAAAUGUAAUUGCUAUAGUUCUCCGCAUACUUCCCUGUCUUAUGUGUUCACAUGCUCUGACUAGUAGAGGGAUGCCACACAUAAAGAUCACAUCGCACCUUGGAAACGUCUUAUCUACUGUUGUGAGGGUUGUUACUCUCUUAGGCCCCGUCCAGAAACAACCCCUAGAGGGGUGCAUGUUCUUUUCUUACCCAAUCCCCUCCCCUUCAAAUCCUGUUUCCUCAAUAGAAAAGCAUGAACUCGAGGUAAUGUCUGAAAUUCCACUUCUUUUAUGUAACACAGCUAAUCGUGUUCAGUCCAAAUCAAUCAUAUACACUCAGUGGCCAGUUUAUUAGGUACACCCAUCUAGUACUGGGUCGGACCCCCCUCCAGAACAGCCUGAAUUAUUUGGGGCAUAGAAACGUUGCUCAGUUGGUAACAAGGGACCUAACGUGUGCCAGGAAAACAUUCCCCAUACCAUUACACCACCGCCACCAGCCUGUACCGUUGACACCAGGCAGGAUUACGCCAAAUCCUGACUCUGCCAUCAGCAUGACGCAGCAGGAACUGGGAUUCGUCGGACCAGGGGAUGUUUCUCCACUCUUCAAUUGUCCAGUGUUGGUGAUCGCGUGCCCACUGGAGAUGCUUCUUCUUGUUUUUAGCUGAUAGGAGUGGAACCCAGUGUGGUCGUCUGCUGCAAUAGCCCAUCCAUGACUAGGAUCAACGAGUUGUGAGUUCCGAGAUGCCGUUCUGCACCGUUAUUUGCCUGUUUGUGGCCCACCUGUUAGCUUGCACGAUUUUUGCCAUUCUCCUUUGACCUCUCAUCAACGAGCUGUUUUUGCCCACAGGACUGCCGCUGACUGGAUGUUUUUAGUUUGUUGCACCAUUCUCUUUAAACCCUAGACACUGUCGUGCGUGAAAAGCCCAGGAGGCUGGCUGUUUCUGAGAUACUGGGCGCCUGACACCGACGAUCAUACCACGCUCAGUUGCUUAGGUCUCUCGUUUUUCCCAUUCUAACGUUCAAUUGAACAAUAACUGAAUGCCUCGAUGCCUGUCUGCCUGCUUUAUAUAGCAAGCCACAGCCACCAUUUUUCGUGAACUGGAUGGUGUACCUAAUAAACUGGCUGUAUAUCCAUCAUAAAUACGCCAUAGUCAAGAUGACCAUAGUUGAAUGCUACCACAUAUCUGCAUUGUUACAUAACAUUGUUUCUGUGAGCCCCUCUCUCUCAGAGCUGGAUCUCCCCCUCGCUAACAGACAUAAGACUCUUGCUGCUGUCCAGAUCACCAGAUUUAUCACUCCAUCCUGUUAUCCUACAGUUGAUCCAAUACCCCCCCCCCCCCCCCCCCCCCCCCCCCCCCAAGCCACCCACUCACACCUUCCCAGACAAUUACAGACAGCCCUACGUGAACCUUUGCUGUGCCGGCCCCGGGCCUGUACUUUUCAACAAGUUUAUAGGAAAGGAGGCUAUAUAA